AUGUCUGGCAAAGGCAAAGCUGGCAAGUCCGGAGGCAAGGCUGCUGGUGGUGGUGAAUCCAAGUCCCAAUCGCGUUCGGCCAAGGCUGGUCUCCAGUUUCCCGUCGGUCGUGUCCACCGUCUCUUGAAGAAGGGCAACUACGCUCAACGUGUUGGCGCUGGUGCACCUGUCUACCUCGCUGCCGUCCUUGAAUACCUUGCUGCUGAGAUUCUCGAACUCGCUGGCAACGCCGCCCGUGAUAACAAGAAGCAACGUAUUGUCCCUCGUCAUCUUCAACUCGCAAUCCGCAAUGACGAAGAGUUGCAAAAACUCCUCGGUAACGUCGUCAUCUCCCAAGGUGGUGUCGUGCCACACAUUGCACCUGAACUCCUGCCAACGAAGUCGGGCAAGGGCAAGAAAGAUGAGGCAAUUAGCCAAGAGCUUUAG